AUGGCAUUUGAAAAAAUUAAAGUUAAGACUCCAGUCGUUGAAAUGGACGGUGAUGAAAUGACCAGAAUCAUCUGGAAGAUGAUCAAGGAUCAAUUGAUUCUGCCUUUCUUGGACAUUGAUUUGGACUAUUACGAUUUGGGUAUUGAAUAUAGAGACAAGACCAAUGAUCAAGUCACUGUUGAUUCUGCCAAUGCAACCAAAAAGUACGGUGUUGCAGUGAAGUGUGCAACUAUUACUCCAGACGAGGCAAGAGUGGAGGAGUUUGGUUUGAAGAAGAUGUGGUUAUCUCCAAAUGGUACCAUUAGAAACAUUCUAGGUGGUACUGUUUUCAGAGAACCAAUUAUUAUUGAAAACAUUCCAAGAAUCAUCCAACAUUGGGAAAAGCCUAUUGUCAUUGGUAGACACGCCUUUGGUGAUCAAUACAAGUGUCAAAACAUUGUCACUCCAGAGUGUGGAGGUGACUUGAAGCUGGUUUUCACCCCAAAGGACGGUUCCGAUGUCAUUGAAGUUCCAGUCUAUGAAUACAAGGGUAAAGGUGCAGCAUUGGCAAUGUACAACACUGAGGAAUCCAUUACUGGUUUCGCUAGAGCUUCAUUUGAAUUGGCAAUUUCUAGAAAAUUACCUCUAUACAUGUCAACCAAAAACACCAUUUUGAAGCAAUAUGAUGGUUUGUUCAAGGAUACCUUUGAAAACAUGUACCAAUCCGAAUAUAAGGACAAGUUUGAAGAAUUGGGUAUCUGGUAUGAACACAGAUUAAUCGACGACAUGGUUGCCCAAAUGAUCAAGUCCAAGGGUGGUUAUAUCAUUGCAAUGAAGAAUUACGAUGGUGAUGUCGAAUCCGACAUUGUUGCCCAAGGUUUUGGUUCCCUUGGUUUGAUGACUUCUGUCUUGGUAUCUGCAGAUGGUAAGACCUUUGAAUCUGAAGCUGCACAUGGUACUGUCACCAGACACUACAGACAACACCAACAAGGUAAAGAGACUUCCACCAACUCCAUUGCUUCCAUCUUUGCAUGGUCUAGGGGUUUAAUCAAGAGAGGUGAAUUGGACAGCACCCCAGAUGUUGUCAAGUUUGCCCAAGUCUUGGAGAAGGCUACUAUCGAUACCGUCAGGGUUGACGGCAUCAUGACCAAAGACUUGGCAUUGGCUAGAGGCGAAAUUGACAGAUCUGCAUAUGUCACCACUGGUGAAUUCAUCGAAAGCGUUGCCAAGAGAUUAACUAAGGAAUUAGGUGCUUAA